AUGAAGGAUAAAUCUAUCGUCCACCAUGUUCAAAAGUUUUAUCCUGGCCGAGUACAGGAUGUUGUUGAGGCCAAGUGCAUUGUAACCUCACAGGAGCCUCCAAGAGGUACUGCACCACAAGGCUCUUACUACAGCUCUAGAGAUAUUACGACCGAUUUUUUUUCAGAGGAGAAUAAUACCACUCGAGAGAUCGCCCUGCAAACUUCGAUGCCAUUUCUGUAUGAGUUGAUAAAUGCGAAAAUAUUGUCAAGCAUUGACCAGGGUGACGAAACGGAAAUCAAAAAUAAUGAUCCAGUUAAAACUACCAAUGAUCAGCCAUCCGAUCCAAAUGAGGAUUUGCCUCCAACUGAUGAUGAUGGUGAUUUGCCAGAGGGUGUCACUAUGACAAAGCCAAAAACUCACCGAGAGAUGAAGUUACUGCAAUCCACAGCGGUUAGUUUGGUAGAUAUUGUUGAUAUUCCUUAA